AUUUUAUAAAAAGGGUCUUAAAGAAAGAAGGUAUAGCCUUAGACCAUCCGUCUCUCUGUGUGCCAGAGUCUCAUUUGCCUAUUAUCUGCUUAUAGCACCCCCCCACUCUAUCUCUUUCUCUCUCUCUCUCUCUCUCUCUUGCCCUGAAAUAGAGAAAGCAGAAUCUGAAUCUGCCCCAAUUCAAGGACAUGAAAUUCGACAUCAGCAGCAGCAACAAAGGAGGGAACAACAAAGGUGCCAAGGGAGGUGUUAGUAACCAGCCCAAAGGUGGGCAACCACCAAACCCGCAGCAGCAGCAGCAACAACAUCUUCAGCAGCUUCAGCAACUUCAGCAUCUUCAACAACUUCAGCAACUACAACAGAUGAAAGGGUUCCAGGGUCUGAAUCUGCCCCAAUUCAAGGACAUGAAAUUGCCCGCCGCCAAGGACCAGGCCCCAAGCCAGAAGACAGUGAAGUUCGACAUCAGCAGCAGCAGCAAUGGAGGGAACAACAAAGGUGCCAAGGGAGGUGGUAAUAACCAGCCCAAAGGUGGGCAACCACCAAACACGCAGCAGCAGCAGCAACAUCUUCAACAACUUCAGCAACUACAACAGCUUCAGCAACUUCAGCAUCUUCAACAACUUCAGCAACUACAACAGAUGAAAGGGUUCCAGGGUCUGAAUCUGCCCCAAUUCAAGGACAUGAAAUUGCCCGCCGCGAAGGACCAGGCCCCAAGCCAGAAGACAGUGAACUUCGACUUGCCUGAGGACGAUGAUGACGAAUUUGAUGACGAGGAUUUUGAAGAUGACGAGUUUGAGGAUGAGUUUGACGAUCCCCAUCAUCCCCUCAAUAAGAUGAAACCUAUGAUGGGUAAUGAUGCAGAGCAGGGGAAGGUGACAGUCACUGGGAAUGUAGACCCAGCAGUUCUCAUCAGGAAGCUUGCGAAAUCAGGUAAACAUGCAGACCUCUGGGGUGCUCCAAAGGCCAACAAUAACAACCAGAACAACAUGGCUAACCAGUUCAAGAACAUGCAAAUUGACAACGGCAAAGGAGGGAACAACAAAGGUGCCAAGGGAGGUGGUAAUAACCAGCCCAAAGGUGGGCAACCACCAAACCCGCAGCAGCAGCAGCAACAUCUUCAGCAGCUUCAGCAUCUUCAACAACUUCAACAACUACAACAGAUGAAAGGGUUCCAGAGUCUGAAUCUGCCCCAAUUCAAGGACAUGAAAUUGCCCGCCGCCAAGGACCAGGCCCCAAGCCAGAAGACAGUGAAGUUCGACAUCAGCAGCAGCAGCAAUGGAGGGAACAACAAAGGUGCCAAGGGAGGUGGUAAUAACCAGCCCAAAGGUGGGCAACCACCAAACACGCAGCAGCAGCAGCAACAUCUUCAACAACUUCAGCAACUACAACAGCUUCAGCAACUUCAGCAUCUUCAACAACUUCAGCAACUACAACAGAUGAAAGGGUUCCAGGGUCUGAAUCUGCCCCAAUUCAAGGACAUGAAAUUGCCCGCCGCCAAGGACCAGGCCCCAAGCCAGAAGACAGUGAACUUCGACUUGCCUGAGGACGAUGAUGACUUUGAUUAUGAUGAUGACGAAUUUGAUGACGAGGAUUUUGAAGAUGACGAGUUUGAGGAUGAGUUUGAUGAUCCCCAUCAUCCCCUCAAUAAGAUGAAACCUAUGAUGGGUAAUGGGGUUUUCACCACCGACAUAGAUGCAGAGCAGGGGAAGGUGACAGUCACUGGGAAUGUAGACCCAGCAAUUCUCAUCAGGAAGCUUGCGAAAUCAGGUAAACAUGCAGACCUCUGGGGUGGUCCAAAGGCCAACAAUAACAACCAGAACAACAUGGCUAACCAGUUCAAGAACAUGCAAAUUGACAAUGGCAAAGGAGGGAACAACAAAGGUGCCAAGGGAGGUGGUAAUAACCAGCCCAAAGGUGGGCAACCACCAAACCCGCAGCAGCAGCAGCAACAUCUUCAGCAGCUUCAGCAACUUCAGCAGCUUCAACAACUUCAGCAACUACGACAGAUGAAAGGGUUCCAGGGUCUGAAUCUGCCCCAAUUCAAGGACCAGGCCCCAAGCCAGAAGACAGUGAACUUCGACUUGCCUGAGGACGAUGAUGACUUUGAUUAUGAUGAUGACAGAUUUGAUGGCGAGGAUUUUGAAGAUGACGAGUUUGAGGAUGAGUUUGAUGAUUCCCAUCAUCCCCUCAAUAUGAUGAAACCUAUGAUGGGUAAUGGUCAGAAGCCUAACAUCAUGAUGAUGAAUGGUAUGAUGAAUGGAACUAAUCCACAGCUCAUGAACGCUCAGAAGGGUGGGAAUGUUGGGGGUAAUGCCAAAAAAGGUGGUGGUGGAGCUGUGCCGAUUCAGGUGAAUGGCAUGGGUGGUGGGAACAAUGACGGCAAAAACGGUAAUCGGAUUAUGGGGGAAAGAAGGGUGGUGGAGGAGGAGGAGGAGGAGGAGGAGGAUGAGGAAACAAUCAGAAUCAAGGCGGCGGCGGUGGGAAAAAUGGUGGCAGAAAUGGCGAUGGCUUACCCCAAGAUGCUAAAAAUGUUUGAUGUUUCCGGGCAUUGAAGGGGCACAAGUCUUACGUUUGAAACCUUUAUUUGGGUGUUACAAAUUCCGUUCCGGUCCAGUUGAAUAAACGUCAUGGGUUGUUUUUGUUUUUUUUUGUUUUUGUUUUUUUGAAGGGUUGUUUUUGUUUUGUUUUGUUUUGUUUUUUUUUUUGAAGGGUUGUUUUUGUUUACAUGUCCAGAAAGUUGACUGAAACGUAUCUUUUAUUGCUCUUGUUGUUGGUUUCAUGUCUAUGUUUAUAAAACGUCUAUGGAAACUUCUCUUUCAAAUC